AUGUCUGCUGCUAUUGUCCUUUCUGGUCCAAGUGGUACCGGUAAAUCCACAUUAUUGAAGAAGCUAUUUGCUGAAUUCCCAACUAAUUUUGGUUUUAGUGUCUCUUCUACUACCAGAAAUCCAAGAGAAGGUGAACAGGAUGGUAAGGAUUACAAUUUUGUUACUGUUGAUGAUUUCAAAAAGAUGAUUGACCAAGAUAAAUUUAUUGAAUGGGCUCAGUUUUCUGGAAAUUACUAUGGUACUACUGUGGAUUCUGUUAAACAAGUUAUGGAUUCUGGUAAAACUUGUAUUUUAGAUAUUGAUAUGCAAGGUGUCAAGAGUGUCAAGGGUAAGCCUGAAUUAAAGGCUAAAUUUUUGUUUAUUGCUCCUCCAUCUGUAGACCAUUUGAGACAAAGACUUGAAGGUAGAGGCACUGAAACUGAAGAAUCUUUAUCUAAGAGAUUGGCCGCUGCUACAGCUGAACUUGAAUACGCCGAAACCGGCGCUCAUGAUCAAAUCAUUGUUAAUGAUGAUCUUGAAAAAGCAUAUGAUGAAUUAAAGAAAUUCAUCUUCGAAAACUGA